CAAGCAAGGUAAUUUGUCUUUUGCACCACCACUACGAUGACCGUACAUCCUAUAGGUAAUGUGGUGUAGGCUUGCUCGCCAUCCCUCCUCUACGCAAUGCUGCCCUAAAAUUCACAGAACUGUGUUUGUAUUGAACUUUUCGUACUCAGAUGUCUGACGUCAGUGAUUGCCGGAGAGCUUGGUCCUGAAGCUAGGGCAUCACUAGAUCGCUCUUAAAGACGUACCACCAUCAUCUACCUGCUUUGUGAACGUCAUUUCUCUCAUGAUGGAGGCCAAAGACCUUCCUUUUGAUAUUUUGCCCCCCAUCUUGGACCAGUUGGCGGACCGCCAUGAUUUGUGUUCGUGUGCAAUAGUCAGCAAAAUGUUCAAUAGAGCAGCAACGCCAUUGCUGUAUGAAACCCUCGACUCGCAGAUAAUUUCAUCGAAGGGUCUUCUUCGACAUCCCUCUAUGACUUUGAAUCAACGGCCAGAGCUUGCACAAUAUGUGUGCCACAUCACCGAGACAGGCGCGGUGCAUUGCGGGCAUCUUCCUGGUUAUCCCAAUAUAACUCGAGACGCUCUAAUUGCGGUAUCUCGCUGCUCUAACCUUCAGUCAAUGACAUGGAUAGACGAUAGUUCUACUGCAAACUCUGUGUUAUUCGCGUUUAUGAACGCAAUACAUAACCUUCCUGUUCGCGAGCUGACCAUCCGGACGCUCAGCGACUUUGGAGAGGAGGUCUGGCAGACACUCAAACAACGCGCAGGUUUGCGGAAACUAUCCCUGUGGUGUAUGGACGGUCCUCCUCGCGUCCUUGAAGACUGGUCUAACAUUCUCGGCGACACACUCACACAUUUGGAAUUAGGUCGAUGCGCGGGGGUUCCACCAACGAUACUUAUCACAGUGCUCUCUGAUCUCCCUCUUCUCAAGGAUUUGAGGUUGAAGGGAGCGCAGUCUCAAUCGAUCCCAAUGGUGACGACGUACCUUCCGAGCUUGGAGACACUCGAUACGGAAUAUCUUCAUUCCAAUGGUAGAAUGCAAGUGGAUCGACCCAUACCCGUGAUAAAGAACCUUACUGUGCGAUCCCAUUCAAUGGAUAACAUGGGCCCUAAUAAUCUGUGGCCUUGGAUGCUAAACCUCGUUCCAAAACCCGGACUGGAGUCUCUUAAACUUCACGCAUUCACCGUAAAUAUGGGAAACAUGAGUAUCCCGAGGGUGUUUAUUCUUGACUUAGCGAGUGUCCACAGUCAGACGCUGAAGCAUUUUAUUGUCGAGGAUUUGCAAAUGACGCUCACCGACGUGGAGUGCUUAUGUGUCAAGUUUCCCGAGCUCCAGACCCUUGUAUGCAUGGUGGCGAGUUCGGACAUUACUUCCAUCGCCGCUGCCAUCGAGCCUGCGAUAAAUCUUAGGACACUAAGACUUCAGAUGCCGUGGCUACUUACUGAAGGCUUCAUUGAUCGCCACGGUCUUUUCAAUGCAUAUCAGGCCAAGGAUAUGAUGUUACGAUAUGAACGAUCCGUGUUGCGGGUGAUUGAACUUGGUUCAACUUUGUAUACAGGCAAGUGGAUACUCCGCCACGGACAGCUGGUAUUUGAAGUCUUUGAGAACGUUAGUGAAGAUAAAUGGCGUACCUGAGAGGUGUGCCCGACCUAAACAAGCAUCCUGACGUUGUCAAAGCCAGUCCUUGAAGCUUCAAGCGUCUACGUUUACUUACCACCUAUCCUAGUCGGUCAACGCUCCGCAAGAAAACUGCCCACUUGGCUCCUCUAUCUCUCCCGGCGGAUCGAAUGCAGCACUCCUAGUAAACAGUAGCUAUUUCGGGCUAAGCGAAAACCGGCGAAAUUUGGUGGAUAGCAUAUGAAAUUUGACGAUGUCUCUUGGCCACAG